AUGAGCUGUUCCCAAGUGAUGUAUCAGCCUUAUUCAAGUUACUUUCCAUACCCGCAACGGCCAUCACCGGCCAGUGGUCAUCACCACCACCAUCAUCACCAUCAGUCACCAACUACUGCUUCCAUAUUUGGCGCCACAAGUUUCACGCCAAUGGACACAACAGGCAGUCGCUCAGCACUAGCUUUCAGUGACAACAGUUCGCUGUCAUCAACAUCUUCACUGAUGACGGCCAACAAUCAUACAGUUGCCAUUAGCAGCACCGGGUCGUCCAGAAAACUACUCGACCCGUCGUCUCCACCCUUAACACUCCAACCCUUACAGUCAUCGACAUCUAAUUCCCGUAAAAACAUGGAAACAUCACCUAAAGAAUCUAUACCUAACACAAGAGCCUCGUCUUCUUCUUCAUCAUCUGCUGGAGGUUCAGGUGGAGGCGGGAGUGGACCACAACUAAGUACACAAUCCGGUGCUAAUAAUAAUAAUAAUAAUAAUAGUCUUAGAGACAAUGCCAGUGAUGCUCAGUACUUAUCCGCCAAUUGUGUUGUUUAUACAUAUUUUUCUGGUGAUACUUCAUCUGUUGUCGACCAACACUUCAACAGAGCUCUUAAUCAACAGACAUACAACUCAGCUAAUGAUAAGCAAACUAAAGAUAUACCGGUGCCAAUGUCUCAGCGAAGUUUUCCGCCAUCAUUUUGGAAUGUCAACCAUCAGCCGGUGCUCUCAGCAAACCAUCAUUCAAGUCAUACCACAUCUUCAUCAUCGGUCUCAUCGGCACUUUGUUUACCGACACCGAGCACUUCAUCGUCAGCACCAAUGCAUGAGUUAUAUGCCGAUGCUUACCACCAUUCGGGUGCAUUACACGCAGCUUCCAUACAUCAUCAGAACGAUCCCUGGCAUUACACUCUAUCAGCUACCGCUGCUAAUCCAUACAGUGCUCAUCAUCACCACAGGGCUGCCGCAUCCAUACAUGACUUAAGCAGUUACUCGAGUGCCGCCAGCAAUAGAUUCAAUGCCCAAUAUAGCUCACUAUUGUUACAACCGGCAUCUAUGAGGUCAACACGUUUAACACCGGUUUCUGCCACGUGUUCGGGCUUUGAUAAGUCGACAAAUGAUACAAUGAGUUGGCCAACUACUAGCCGUUACCACGAGUCGGCCAUGAACUUUGCGGCACAUCCAUCUAUUGAUCCCAGCAAUUAUAGUGCCAGUGCUGCCUAUGGGGCCGCUAUGAGUGCUGCCAUGUCUGGACUCGACACAACAGUUCAGGACUCAAGUAAAGAUCUUUAUUGGUUUUGA